CGCGCGGUGACACGGUUGUAGAAUCUUUGUGUAGUCGAACGAUUAAAUUGUCAAAGCGACCAGUAUUGUAAGAAAGACUUAAAAACUUUGUUGAUUGAUAGUUCACUUCAAAUAUCUCAACCUAAAAAGUAUUGUGAUAGAUUUAAUGCCCAGUGAAUCGCGUCACAGCAGCAUAACAAUUUUAAACUUUCUUGAAAACAACUGUCAACCAUGGCGCUAGUAAAGAUCUGAUAAUAAUUUAUGGACUAUUUUUACAAAUUCAGAGAAAAAGUGGCAGUGUUUCACUGUACGUUAAAAACAAACCGUGUGACAAAACAGUUGUGAUUUUUGUUAGUAUUGUUUUCACUGUUAGUCCAACGCUGAUACAUCGAGUCAGUUCACGUUAUUCAUAGAAAACAUCUAUAAUUAGUUCGUUGAUAUCUCAAGGAUAUAUGCUAGAAACCAUCAACAAUGACCAACCUAGACGAUAAUCUAGAAUCUCCUAAUCAUCAGAAAGUUCAGCCUCAGGAUGAGAAACCUCUUCGGUCCAGUACGGAGAGUCUCAGCUCGGAUGGUCCCGAGGAAGACCCAAACAGGCUGACGCGCAAGGCAGCUAUAAUGCAGAUUACAAUGGCUAUCGUAGCCAACAUUACCAUCAUAUCAUCCGGAAUGGGUCUCGGAUUUCCGUCCAUCGCUAUGAUUGAGCUUACCAAUUCGACGAGCUCAGUGACCCUGACAGAAAACGAGGCCUCUUGGUUCGCUUCUGUCACAUCCAUUAUGUGCCCCUUCGGAGGAUUAUUAGCUGGAUUUCUGCUGGACAAAGUCGGACGCAAAAAGACACUCUAUUUUAUCAAUUUCAUAUCGAUCAUCUCGUGGGUCAUGAUGGCCAUGGCUAGCAAAACGGAUUCAGUGCUAUUGUUUGUAGAGUUGAUGGUCGCUCGAGUGAUUAUCGGUGUCGCAAUUGGACUGUCCAGUUCACCUGCGUCGGUUUAUGCAGCAGAGAUAUCGCAUCCCAGCUUGCGUGGUCGUCUCACGCUUCUUACGGCACUUUGUACCGGAAUUGGUAUGCUGUUUAUCUACACUCUGGGAUACAUGUUCAAAGACGACUGGCGAUUCGUUUGCAUUAUCUGUAGUAUUUUCACAGUGGUGUCUUUCGUGACCGUGAUACCGAUACCGGAAUCUCCCAGCUGGCUAGUAUCCAAGAAUAAACUUCCGAAGGCUGAAAAAUCGUUGAAGAAGGUCCGCGGUGUCAAGGGCAGUGACAAUGCCAAUAUCACCAUGGAGCUGGAUAUCUUGGCUGAAAACAUUGCCCGCUUCCGAGCCUCCCAGACGAGUAAAUCUAAGCUGGUGAUGCUUCAACGACCGGAAGUCUACAAACCACUAACAAUUAUGUGCACGUUUUUCUUCUUCCAACAAUUCACGGGUAUCUUCGUAAUCAUCGUUUACGCCGCUCGGUUCUCGAUUGAAGCCGGAGUGAAUAUUGAUCCCUUUUUGAGUGCAGUCUUCGUUGGGCUGACUCGUGUCGUUACGACUUGUCUGAUGAGCUUCAUUUCCGAUCGCUACGGCAGACGUCCACCGGCCCUGUUCUCCGGGUUUGGAAUGGCCACGUGUAUGUUUGGAUUGGCAGCUUGUACAGUGUAUCCGGUUGCUGGAACUGAACUACGAUGGAUCCCAACCUUCUUACUGGUGGCAUUCAUCUUUUGCGCUACACUAGGAUUCCUCACACUUCCGUUCGCCAUGAUAGCUGAAAUGUAUCCCGCGAAGGUGCGUGGCUUCGUUGCGGGUUUAACUAUAUUUGUGGGAUAUACAAUGUCGUUCAUCAUCAUCAAAGUGUAUCCGGCGAUGGUGCAUGCCCUUGGUAGUGAAAAUGUGUUCCUAUUCUUCGGAAUCAUUUCCGUUAUUGGCAUAGGUUUCGUGUAUAUUUUCUUGCCGGAGACCAAGGGGCGCACUUUGGAAGAAAUUGAAAGCUAUUUCCGUGGUAAGACGGAAGUCGGUGAAGUUGAAUUGAAACAAAACACAGAAGCAAAAGUUUGAGACCCCUCUGGAACGAACUCCUAAAAGACCACACAACAACAAGAAAUAACUGUGAUAAAAACCAGAAUAAACACUUACAAUGUAAGCGAUUUGUAAUAGCGAAAGGAGAAAUGAAAGGUGUAUAUAUGUUAGGAUAUUUAAGCGUUCUAUACAAUCCGUUUUAUUUCUUUCGCUGAAAAAGUUUAAGACAGUUUUGCAUGUAUAUCUGCACAAGCAGAUCAGAGGAGACCAUAAAAUUUAAGAGAAUAUUUAUCCGCUAAAUGAAGUGCGAAGACAGAGAAUUUAUCAUACAUUUAGAUAAUAUAUUGAAAAUGGCAGGAUACGAAACUUCACUGAUGAAUAGAAUAACCAACGUCGAAAUUUGACGCUAUGGAUAAAAGAAAAAUCAACUCUGCCGUGUUUACAUGACUCAGGGGUCAUCAAUACUUAACAUUUUCAGAUUGUAUUCUUGCAUACGCGAAACUUACAUACCAACGAUGCAAACGAAUUUUAGCAUUUUAGAUACAACUGUAACAGUAAUAAAAUACGUCCAAUACAAUCAAA